GAUAUAUGUUUAUUUUCAUGAGAUAUGGAUCGGGUUUGAGUAUUUUGCUAGAUGGAUCUGCUGGUGAAAGCGGUUUUGUACUGUUAUCUUGCGAGAAUCAUGUCAGUAAAUUGUUUAUACGAUGCUAAUAAAUGAAAUGGAAUUCCAACCAGAUAGUGACAUUAUCUUUCAUUUGGAAACUGUUGUUUCUAAUUUUCGAGAUGAUCCCGAAUGCAGAUUCUAUUCUAUGAAGCAUAUACAUUUAUUGUUGAAUCAUAAAUGAUGGGGAAGGAUUUUAUCAAGCCUAAGAGGAGACAUGUUGAAGAUAGCCAAGCACAGAUAACUCCGCAUACUAGACUGUACAUUGAAAUUCGGCAUAACCAAUGGCCUAUUGUUUAUAGGAAAGAAUACAAUGUCCAUUUUCUUGGUGUAGAAAAACUUCAUCCAUUUGAUGCUAAUAAAUGGGGUAAUAUAUUCCAGUACCUGAAAGAUGAGUUGCACCUGUCAGAGGAUAAGGUGUUACAACCAAAUGAAGCGUCACAAGAGGACCUCUUGGUUGUACAUACUGCACGGUAUCUUCAGAGUUUGAAGUUCAGUUUUAAUGUAGCAGCAGUAGCUGAGAUUCCACUGCUAGCUUUGGUACCCAACUUUUUUGUCCAGUCACAUUACUUGCGACCUAUGAGGUAUCAGGUGGGUGGGAGUAUCCUGGCUGGGAAAUUAGCACUGGAACGUGGGUGGGCCAUAAACAUAGGUGGUGGUUUUCAUCACUGCUGUGGACAGAAAGGUGGUGGGUUUUGUCCAUAUGCUGACAUUACUCUUCUCAUACGUUUCUUAUUUCGGCAUGGGCGAGCCAGAACAGCUAUGAUUGUUGACCUGGAUGCACACCAGGGAAAUGGCCAUGAGAGAGAUUUCUCUGGUGAUUCCAGUGUUUAUAUUCUUGAUAUAUACAACAAAGGCAUUUAUCCAAAUGAUGGUGAAGCUAAGAAAGCCAUCAGAAGAGCAGUUCAGCUGGAACAUUUCACUGAGGAUGCUGAGUACCUUGAUCUUGUAGAGCAUAAUCUGGAGGAAGCACUCAGAGAAUUUCAUCCAGACAUAAUAGUUUAUAAUGCAGGAACAGAUAUCCUUGAUGGAGAUAGGCUUGGUCUUCUGUCUGUUUCUUCACAGGGUAUUAUACGCAGAGAUGAACUGGUAUUCAUGAAGGCUAAUGAGCGUCACAUACCUGUUGUAAUGCUGACGAGUGGUGGUUACCUCAAGAGAACUGCUCGUAUCAUAGCUGAAUCCAUUAUCAAUCUCUAUGAUAAAGGCCUUAUUUCAGGGCCUACUGUGUAA